GGCACAGCUUCUGUAGGAGCACAGGGCCCAGGGAGGUGCCCUCGUCCUUGGCUGGAAGGCCGAGGCCUGGAGGAGUCUGGAGAAAGGGUCUCCCUUGUCUGGCCUUGCGCUGUGAGGUUGGGGAGGUGGGAGAGGCAUAAUCUGGGGCCUGAGGACGUUUCAGCCCUCAGCCCGGGGUGGCUGAGAUAUGGCCCUGGGCAGGCUCUGUCCUUCAGAGGUGGAAAGAAGGACAAAGGGAGAGGGAGGUGCAGGUCGCUCAGGGAGGAGACUCAGAUCUGCCCAGUCCCGGGGCCCUCACUGGCUCCAGGAAACCCGCUGGUGUUGACUGUGGGCAGUCCAGCCUCUCCCCAGCUGCGGUCAUAUAAAGCCACUCAAGGCCCUCUCCACCGCUGCCCACCCGUGACCAUGAAGGCUGUGCUGCUUGCCCUGUUGAUGGCAGGCUUGGCCCUGCAGCCAGGCACUGCCCUGUUGUGCUACUCCUGCAAGGCCCAGGUGAGCAACGAGGACUGCCUGAAUGUGGAGAACUGCACGCAGCCGGAGGAGCAGUGCUGGACCGAGCGCAUCCGCGCCGUGGGCCUCCUGACCGUCAUCAGCAAAGGCUGCAGCUCAAACUGCGUGGAUGACUCACAGGACUACUACGUGGGCAAGAAGAACAUCACCUGCUGUGACACCGACUUGUGCAACGCCAGCGGGGCCCAUGCCCUGCAGCCGGCUGCUGCCAUCCUGGCACUGCUCCCUGCACUCAGCCUGCUGCUUUGGGGCCCCAGACAGCUGUAGGCUUCCGGGGGCCCUGCUGCAGCCCACACUGGGUGUGGUGCCCCAGGUCCCCGUGCCACUCCUCAUACACCCGGCCCAGUGGGAGCCUGUCCUGGUUCCUGAGGCACGUCCUAACACAGGUCUGACCAUGUCCCUCUGUGCCUCUGCCCUCCACCCUGACCCUCCCAUGGCCCUCUCCAGGACUCCCACCCGGCAGAUCGGCUCUAGUGACACAGAUCGGCCUGCAGACGGCCCCUCCAACCCUCUCUGCUGCUGUUUCCAUGGCCCAGCAUUCUCCACCCUUAACCCUGUGCUCAGGCACCUCUUCCUCCAGGAAGCCUUCCCUGCCUACCCCAUCUAUGACCUGAGCCAGGUCCAUGGUGUCCCCCACACCCAGCAGGGGACGGGCACUCAGGAGGGCCCAGCAAAGGCUGAGAUGAAGUGGACUGAGUAGAACUGGAGGACGGGGGUAGCAUGAGUUCCUGGGAGGCUCCAGAGAUGGGGCCUGGAGGCCUGAAGGGAGGGGCCAGACCUCACAUUCAUGGGGCUCCCUGAACAGCAGCCUCAGCACAGCGUAGGCCCUUAAUAAACACCUGUUGAAUAAGCCA